AUGGGUGAAGCCUUGGUUAGCGAGAUCAAUGAAGCGGUUGAGUAUCUAAGGCGACACUUUAGUCUAUCUGGCAAUGAUCUGGAGCGAUUGGAAGAUGUGAAAUCGUUGAAUGAGACAUCCCAGAUGAUCCGAGCUAAUCUCAAUGAAGCUGAGGAGAUGGAGAUAACAUCCGAGUCGUCUAGACUUUGUCUUAAAAAACUGAAGAAAGGCUUCUAUUAUGCGGAGGAUGUGCUUGAUGAGUUUCUUUAUUAUGUGCUGCAUCUAAAAUCAGAGGGUGCGAAAUUUCCAGUGGAUAAUAACCCCGUGCAGGCAGAUAUUAGCAUGGUGGACCAGGAACCCGACCCUAGCUUUUCAACGAAUCAGCAUGGCAAUCUGGCCUUUAUGGAUAAUCUUGCCCAAACAAUAAGGGAUUUGAAAGUUAGGAUAUAUAAGGAGAAGAUGGAUUGGGACACCCAUGCGCUCGGACUUGUCAAAAGCUAUCAGCAGAGGCCUACCACUGUCCGUCCUCAAAGCACUUCGUUGAUGGGCUCAACUCCCCUUAUUGGCAGAGGUGACGACUUGAUGAAAAUCAAGAGCUUGUUGUUCUCGGAGCUUAAUCGAGAUGGCAAUAUUCCCGUAAUCGCUAUCGUGGGUAUGGGUGGCCUUGGGAAGACUACCCUUGCUCAGUGUGUGUACAAUGACCCUCAAGUGCAGGAACGUUUCGAUAAGAAGAUUUGGGUCUGCGUCUCUGAAGAUUUUGAUUUGCUGAGGUUGACGAGGGCAAUCCUCGAGUCUUUGGAGCAGAAAAAGUGUGAUCUGACAGAAAUGGAUCCACUUCAGAGAAGGCUGAAGGGAAUUGUUGAGGGAAAAAGGCUUUUGCUUGUGUUGGAUGAUAUCUGGGAACACCGAGAUCUGAACGCGGAUGUUUGGGAGGAUCUAUGUAGACCCUUGCUUGGUGUCUCAAAUGGAAGCAAAAUCAUAGUGACUACAAGGAGUAAAAAUGUUUUGGAUAGAGUAGUGGUAGCUAGUGUCCAUCAGUUACCUUAUCUAACAAAGGAUUAUUGCUUUAUGCUGUUUAGUCACCAUGCCUCUAAGGACCAGACCUCUGAUAUAGACUCCACCCUUCAGGAUAUCGGGAGGAAAAUCUCCAGUAAGUGCAGAGGUCUACCACUAGCCGCGAAGACUCUUGGUAGCUUACUGCGUGGUCAAGAUGAUGUAGAGGUAUGGACUGAUGUGCUGAACAGUAUUGGUAGUUGGGAAAGUGAUGAUCAAAAUCGCUUAAUGCCCAUACUUCGGUUGAGUUACCAGUACCUGCCUACCAAACUCAGAAAAUGUUUUAGGUAUUGCUCUGUGUUCCCAAAAGCUCAUCGGUUUAACAAGGAGAAACUCAUCAAUAUGUGGAUGGCCCACGGUUAUAUUAUUCGAACAGAACGAGGAAAAAAACAACUGGAAGACAUCGGUGAGGAGUAUAUAAAUGAGCUGGUAUCAAGGUCUUUAUUUGAACAGUCUCAAAAUCAUGAAACAUUCCAGAUGCAUGACUUGAUCCAUGAUCUAGCGAGAGAUGUUUCACAGGGUGAAUGGUGGAGUGUGGAGGAUGGUGUGUUCUACGGCAGUCAUGAUGACAGUGUUCAGCACUUCUCAGUCAUCUCCACUAAAAAUUAUCCCCAUGAGCAUGUUCAGUCGUCACCACAAGGUCGAUCUCUAUUAUUUUCCAACAGCAUACUGAGAGCGCCAAAUGUGAAAGAUUUAUGCAACAGAAUGAAACAAUUAAGAAUUCUCGAUAUGAGUGACACUGGAAUACUGAACCUACCAGACUGCAUUAGUGAUUUGAAGCACCUACGUUAUCUUAGGCUUGAACGUUACCAAAUCACUAAGCUGCCUGAAACCUUGGGGAGCCUAUAUCUCCUGGAAACUCUGAGCUUGAAUUGGACUAAAAUCAAGAUUUUGCCUGAUUCGAUUUGCUUCUUGAAACGCCUGCGUUAUCUUGGUCUUCGGGGUACAUGCAUCAAGUCUUUGCCUGAAUCACUGGGCAUGCUUGACCAGCUUCACACACUGGAUUUGGAAUUGUGUAAGAUUGAUUCUCUCCCAUAUAGUAUAUCGAAUCUGUCAAGCCUGAGGCGACUGAUCUGCAACGAUGAGGUUCUAUGUUCCUCAGAGAUCAGAAAACUGACUAAUCUUUACACGACUACUGAUUUUGGUAAUGGCCGACAUCUUAUAGUGAAAGAGUUUACUGACUUGGUUAAUGUGGAUGAGGCAAAGAAGAAAUCCUCGCACAACAGGGAGCACAUUAAGGUCUUAUCUUUGGUCUGGAACAAGAACAAAUCUCAUAUGGCCAAUCCUAUACAUGGAGACGUGUUAGAAAGCCUUGGGCGGCAUCCCAACCUCAGACAAUUGUACAUGGAUGGAUUUGGGGGAAAUUCUCUUUCAUCUUGGUUAAGAGAUCCUUUUCACCUUCUUUGCCUCAACCGCAUUCAUCUAAUUAGAUGCGAACAACUGACGUCACUCCCGCCUCUUGAAAACUUUCCACAUCUGAGGCAUGUGCACAUCGAGUCAGCCAAGAGACUAAAAGCUAUGGGCUCUCAGUUUUCCUCCGACGCAUCUCAAUUACCGAACAAAGCAACACUCCAAUGCCUGUCAAAUAGAAAUCGAGGGCAUGGUAUACAGGAAUCCAGGGUACUGUUCCGAGGCCUGUUAUCAAGAAAUCCAUGGAAGACACUAAUCAUUGUGGAUUGUCCAAAUGUGUCGUACUUUUCUGUAGAUGGUUUCAAAUUUAUCCGAGUUCUAAUGCUUAUCAGAUGUCCUCAGAUCCAAAUUUCGUACCUAGGAGGGCUUUCAUCUCUCCAGGAUCUGUCUAUAAAAGCCUCCCAUCAAGAUAUUCCCACUGACUUUUCAUCUGGAGGGUUUCUACAACUGGAGAGACUAGAACUGGAAGAUUUGCCUAAUUGGAGGUCGUGGGCAGGUCCUAAAGAAGGCGAGUGCCCGAAACUUCAAAAGCUUUCUGUUGUUGGUUGUAACUCUUUGGAGAGCUUCUCAAUAAGCUGUCUUCACAGUCUCAAUGACAUAUAUGUGAAAAAUUGUCCGAUGUUAAAGAUCUCAAGGUACGAUAGAGAGAAAUUACAUGACAUUGAGAAGUACUGCAAGACAAACAUACAGGACAUAAAAAUCAUUUCCCAUGGUUAUGAGGCAUUGGAUGCUAUGGAACAGAGUCAGAGACUCCCCUACUCCCCUUCCACUCGUUUUUGGAAUUUAAGCACUGUAGACCAUUUAGUCAUCAGUGAGUGCACCAUGCUUGUAUCCAUAUCUUCGGAAGAACUACCAUCAUCACUAAAAUCCAUUCAGUUAGAUGCCUGUAGUAACUUGAGAUAUCUUCAACUAGGCAAACAAUGUGCCUUGGAAUAUUUAAGCAUUCAGAAUUGCCAUCAACUCUCGCACGUGGAAAGCAUAUCAUCAAUACUGAGAUUCCUUCUGAUCCACUCUUCUCGAAGAUCAAUCUUGUGUCAUCUUGGUAACCUUACUAAAGUGGAAUACUUGAGUAUCAAGAAAUGUGUAUUGGAGUUCUCAGAUGUGGUACCAUCAACAUUAAAAGUGAAAAAGAUUGACCAGUCAAUAUUAAAAGUGCUUACUAUUGUUGAAUGCUCAGAUUGGACUUCCCUUCCAUUUUCCUCACUUGACAGCUUUGAAGAAUUGAGGAUUAUCAGAUGCUCUGGGCCUGCUGCACUGAUAGAUGUGAAAUGGCUGCCAUCCACACUGAAAAAGCUUGAGGUUAAUGAAUAUUCUAACCUGAGUUAUUUUCCUCUUCACUUGUUUGAAAGUUUAAAAGAAUUGAGUAUUAUAAGAUGGUCGAUGUAUGUUGCAUUUGUAGAUGGGAAGAGCGUGCUAUCAACACUAAAAAAACUUGAGAUUAUCGAAUGUUCUGACCUGACUCACUUUCCACUUUUUUUGCUUGAAAGCUUGGAGGAAUUGAGGAUUAUUAGAUGCUCUGAUCUUGCUGGAUUUAUAGAUGAGAGAACAGUGCCAUCAACACUAAAAAAGAUUGAGAUUAUUGAAUGUGGUCACCUGACUUACUUUCCACUUCACUUGCUUGAUAGCUUAGAGGAAUCAAGGAUUAUUAGAUGCUCUGGGCCUACUGCAUUCAUAGAUGUGAAAAGGGUACCGUCAACACUGAAAAGGCUUCAGUUUGUCGAAUGUUCUGACCUAACUUACUUUCCACUUUGUUCGCUUCAAAACUUGGAGGAGUUAAGUAUGAUUAGAUGCUCUAAUCUUGCUAUAUUCAUAGAUGAGAGAGUAGUGCCACCAACACUAAAAAAGCUUGAGAUUGUUGAAUGUGAUCACCUGACUUACUUUCCACUUCACUUGCUUGAAAACUUAGAUGAAUUGAGGAUUGUUAGAUGCUCUGGGCUUACUGCAUUAAUUGAUACGAAAAGGGUGCCGUCAACACUCAAAAAGGUUGAGAUUGUGGAAUGUUCUGAUUUGACUUACUUUCCACUUGACUUUCUAGAAAACUUGGAAGAAUUGAGGAUGAUUAGAUCCUCAUUCCGUGUUGCAUUCGUAGAUGUGAAGAGGGUGCCGUCAACACUGAAAAAGCUUGAGAUUGUGGAAUUUUUUGACUUGACUUACUUUCCACUUUACUUGCUGGAAAACUUGGAGGAAUUGAAGAUGAUUAGAUGCUCAUUUCGUGCUACAUUCAUAGAUGUGGAAAGGGUGCCAUCAACACUGAAAAGGCUUCAGAUUGUGGAAUGUUCUAACUUGACUUACUUUCCAUUUCAUUUGCUGGAAAACUUGCAAGAAUUCAAGAUGAUUACAUGCUCAUUACGUGAUGUAUUUGUAGAUAUGAAAUGGGCGCCGUCAACAAUGAAAAAGCUUGAGAUAAUCACAUGCUUUGACUUGACUUCCUUUCCACGUCACUUGCUUGAAAGCUUAGAGGAAUUAAGGAUUGUUAGAGCCUCUUUCUCUACUGGAUUCAUAGGCAUGAAAAGGGUACUGUCAGCACUGAAAAAGCUUGAGAUUGUCGAAUGUUCUAACUUCUCUUCUUUUCCAAUUUACUUGAUAGAAACUUUGGACGAAUUGAGGAUUAUUAGAUGCUAUGGUCUUUCUGAAUUCUUAUUUGAGAUGACAGUGCCAUCAACAAUAAAAAAGCUUGAGAUUGUCGAAUGUGGUCACCUAACUUACUUUCCAUUUUUUUUGCUUCCAAGCUUGGAGGAAUUGAGGAUUAUCAGAUGCUCUGAGCUUGCUGCAUAUAUAGAUGAGAUAACAGUCCCUUCAACACUGAAAAAUCUUGAGAUUGUGGAAUUUUCUGACUUGACUUAUUUUCCACGCUACUCACUUCAUAACAGGGAGGAAUUAAGGAUUAUUGGUGGCUUGGAGCCUGCUGCAUUCAAAGAUUUUAGAAUGCUGUCAUUAACACGGAAAAAGCUUAAGAUUGUCAAAUGUUCUAACCUGACUUACCUUUGCCUUGACUUGCUCAAAAACAUGGAGGAACUGAGGAUUAUUAGAUCUGAGCUUGAUGGUUUCAUUGAUAUGAAAUGGUUAUCAUUAACACUGAAAAAGCUUGUGAUAAUCAGAUGUGAUAAGAUGGGUUACCUACAACUUCACUUGCUUGAAUUAUUGGAGGAAUUAAGGAUUAUUAGAUGCCCUGGUCUUUCUGGAUUCAUAGAUGGAAGAACUAUGCCUUCAACUCUGAAGAAGCUCCAGAUUGUUGAAUGUUAUAACUUUGGUUACUUUCAACUUCAUUUGUUUCAACAUUUGGAGGAAUUGAUGAUUGCUAGAUGCUCCAAGCUUGAUGGAUUCAUUAAUGUGACAAGGGUGCCAACAACACUGCAAAAGCUUGAGAUUGUCGAAUGUUCCAAUCUGAGUUGCUUUCCACUUCACUUUCUUCAAAGCUUGCUAGAAUUGAGGAUUAUCAGAUGCUCUGGGGAUAUUACAUUCAUAGAUUUGGAAUGGCUGCCAUCAACACUGAGAAUGCUUGAGAUUGAUACAUUUUGGGGUUCCACUUUUUGUACACCAUGCAAACUAGGUGCCUCAAAAUUUAUGAGGAAUAGAUACAGCAUGGAACUAUACUUGCCACUAUACAAGUUAAAUGACUUAGAACACCUAAAACUUAAAUACAGCCCACAGCUUUGCUUCUCAUAUGAGGAAAAUCUGCCAUCAACACUACAAGAGCUUUGUAUCAUUGGGUGUCCAAAACUAGAAGAAUGGUGCAAAAGGCACAGUCGAAGCUUAAUGGAUAUCCAGCUAUUGAAGAUAGAAGAUGAACAACAUCAAGUAGAUACGAGCUUAUCUUUGAGCUUCAAUGAAUUUGAAGAUUCUGAUAUUGAUAAAGAUUGUAGUAGUGAUGAUGAUAUGGAUUGA